AUGUUCAAGAAGAGAAUUGCGAGCGUGGCGACAGCGGUGGUGUCUGCACCCGCAGCAACUACGGCUCCAGCGACGGUGAAAACAACAGCGUCUGCGCGCACCCCGGCAAAGCGCGACAGUCAGGCGAAGACUCUCGCUCUCAUUGCAAAGCAUCGAAAGAUUCUCGAAGAGGCGAAGCGCCAGAAAGCGGAGAUGGACCAGCUGACCCUUGAGCAAGGGAAGCUGCAGCAGCAGCAGCAGCAAUUCAGGCAAGUCAAGCCUGCAUCACCGUCGCUUGCGAUGCCAGGGGCAACGUCAGCAGCAGCCGUGGCGGAAGAUCCAUCAAGAGACACCUUCACUGCCCUUGUCGAUCACUUUCUCGCCUCCACACAGCCUCUCGCAGAUUUGGACGAGACCAUACAGGAAGCGGUCAGCCCAGACGACUCUCCCGGCGAGGCACCAUUUAAGUUGCCGCCGCCACAGCAGACACAGCCGGCGACAACUGCGGCUUCCCCUUUCAUUAUCACACACCGCAGCUUCGCUGCGUCACUUGUAUGCCCAAAGAAGCUCUUCCUCUUGCAGAAUCGCUCCGACCUGAUUCCCAAGGCGUCUCUCGGCGACAUGAUGCACUUUGACGACAGCGUCGGCUUCAACGAGCUGGUGCGUCGGUGGGACCGGCUCCAGUUCGGCAGCCGCGCCGUGCUCGUGAAGGAGAACGAAUUCCAUCAGGCGGUGCAGCGCACGGAGCAGCUCAUCACAACAUACUUCCAAGGCAUGUACAGGUCGCUCGGGGAGCAGGCGCCGUCUCUGACGAUUCAUAGGCCGGCUUUUGCUGUCGAAUUCCCUUGCACCUCACAUCAAACGCGAGCUGGCGACGACGGCGCCAGCGCUGCUGCCGCUGGCUCAGCAACCAUGGAGCUGCGUGCGCGUCCGGCUGUAGUGCGGUAUCGCCCAAAAGAAAAUCAAUGGAUCUUUCUCGAGUCCCAGGCUGUCAUUGAUCCCAUCAGCACCCCGGGCCGCGUCAGCAACUCGGUCCAACGGUUUCACUUCACGACGUUGUGCUUUCGGCUGUGGUUGACCCAGCCCCACUUACCCAUCGAAGUCCGGAAGAAAUUUUUGCAGGUGAACCUGGACAACAUCAUGAGCGAGAACUCGCGCGGCCGCUCGCUGGAGUCCUCCGCACGCGCGGCGGCGCCGAUUGACCUGAAGCGCAGCGGGCUGCUGCACAUUCGCCAGUUCUUCCCUGGCCCAGCCACGCUGGUAGACUGCGACCCGCCUCGGCUUGUCAAGUUCAUUCAGCGAGUCUCCCUAGAGGAGCUGAUGGCAGAAGACUGCAAGUACUACGGCAAGGAGGGUCGCGGGCGGCAAUACGGCAACGCAGCCGCUCGUGCUGGAGGCGGCGGCGGGCACUACUUUUCGCACUGCGGCCUCAGCGGUGGCAGCGGCGGCAGCGGCGCCUUUGACAUGCGCAACUUCAGCAGCGCCAUCGCCUCCGACCCACUCCUGGCCAGUCGUGCCGCGGAGGUCGAGCUGGCGGCUCUGGAGCUCGACGGUUUCCACAACGCCCGCGCGACGCGCAGCCAGCGCCACAAGGAUGAGGCGCACCAUCGUCUCUUCGAGGCGGAGCAGUGCUUUGUGGAGGAGCUGCUGCGUCGACACACCCUCCCCCUCGUGAAGAGCCAUCAAGAGCAGAUGGCUGCGUUUUCUUUGGCUGGGCGGUCAGCGAGCAGCCCCCUGACGGCCUUCUCGAACCUCCUCGGUGACGAGGGCUUUGUACGCGCCAGCCGCACCCCGGAAGAAGCGGACGACCGGAAGCACGGGAAGGGUCAGAAGCUGGCAGCCCAAAAAGCGAAAGGCGUCGCAGCGAGCAGUCGAGGGAAACGAAGGGCCCCGGCGGCCGACGAGGAUGAGGAAUCAAAUGGGGUGGCGGAGAAUGACGCUGGUAACGUCGCCAUAGGCAGCGGCGACAACAUCGAUUGCCCGCGCUACGCGCGGUACGUUGGUCCUCAGUGCCUACGCGGCGGCGACGCGUGUCCGUUCUUUACAGAGGGCCUGUGUCUGCCUCGCAAGGUGGAGAAUGCGAUCUUAGCGCGUGACAACCACCUCUUCACGCUCCCAUCCGCCUCCCUGGCACGGAAAGCGGAGUGGUGGGCGCAGGGCAAACGAACCGUCCUCGACGUGCUCGCCGCGUACGAGCGAGGGGAGGGCGGCGUGCGGCUGUCAAGUCCGCAAGUGCGCUACGCGAACGCCCUGAGACAAGGCAAGGUUGCUUUGAACCCGAAAGAAAUCGACGCCUUCUUCGGUCGCAUUCGGUACCCGCUGUUCGUCAUCGACUUCGAAGCUGUGCAGUUUGCCCUGCCGCCCUUUGCGAAGGUUGUGGCGUACCAGUCGGUCCCGUUUCAGUUCUCGCUGGACGUCUUCCAGUACGACGUCCUGACGGAGACGCCAACGCACUACAACUACCUCCACUUUGGCAAGGGCUACUCGCCGAACGCGGACCCCCGCCCUUCCUGCAUCGCCGAGCUCAUCCGCAUCGUGCGGCUGGAGCGGGAGAAGAAGCGAAAGGCGAUGGAGGCGUCUGGUGAGCUGGAGCGCAUCGCUUCCGAGCGCGCCGCCAAGGAGGAGGCAGAGGCGGGCAGACGCCCGCGGCGACACUGCAAGGCGCCGAAGCCGCCAAAGAUCACCAAAUUCAACCCGCUGGAGGAGCCGCUACAGCCCUACGACGGCUGCUUCAUGGCGCACUUCGCCUCCUUCGAGAAGGCAUGCCUGGAGAAGCUAGGGCAGUUGGAGGUGGAGUACAAGGACGAGAUCAAGAGCUUCUGCUUCCUCGACACACUCGAUCUCAUCAAGAAGGGCUACCUGCACCCUAACGCGCAUGGGUCGAACUCGCUCAAAAAAGUGCUGCCAGCACUGUGCCCUGACUUCCAGUACGGCGUCUUCGGCUCAGAGACGACGGCAGCGGUGAUGAUGGCGCCAAAUGGACCUGUGCUUGGUGUGGGUAGCGGCGGAAACUCCGCGUCUGAGCCUGAUACCUCCUCGUCCAAGGCCAGUGUUGGAGAGGGUCAGGAUGAGCAGAAGGGCGAGAACGCGAUGGGAGUUUACCGACUGUGGCAUCACAUGGAGGGUGGCGGCACAGUGCAAGACCUCGAGCGGGCGAAGCUCGGCCUCGGUGGCGGUACUCAGCAAUCACCAAACUGGUCCGGCAGUGCGCACACCAGCAUUACGAAGAAGGAACGAGACAUCCUGUGGCAAACCCUGCGCAUCCAGCUGCUGGAAUAUUGCUCCCUCGACACCAAGGCCCUGUACGAGAUUAUGCGCGAGAUCCACAAGGAGCGAGAGGCAGCAGCGGGGGUCAAGCCACUCGAUAAGACGGGGUGGGUGUUCAUCGAUCCCGUGCCGCGCGAGGUCGACUUUUAG